AUGGCUGAAGAAAUUGCCAAGUCCCAGCCCAGUACAUUAUAUCACAAGCCUGGAUUAAAGCCUGAAGACUUUAUUGUUGAUGUAAGAAUAAUCUCUUUAAAUGUUCAUUUUAAAUGUUUUUAUUUCUUGAUAUAUGUGCCUACAAUGCACUUUAGUACAUUUUUAUUUUUGACUUGCCUCUGUGAAGGUUAUCAACAUGGAUUAUGGAAUGAAAAAGAAGAACCCUGUCAAUAACGUGUGUUUCUACUGCAAGUCUGACCUAAAUAAGGCAUUCAGAAUUUCUAAAGAACAAGUAAGUAAGGUUGGGGUGUGUGUGUUUCUGCCUGUUUUAUUCCGAUAGCUUUUAAAGAGUAUCUGAAUACAUGUGAAAAUGACUACAGAAUUGCAUGGCAAUAGUAGCAACACAGUUCUAAUAUCACCUGCUAUGUAAGUGGUAAUUGAAUGCAAGUGUUUUAAGGUAAAAUUCCCCUGUGCAAACAUUCUUGUAACUGAAUGGUGCUGCUGAGAAAUUUGUUGAAGCAUUUCUGACAAGGUGAUAAAUUUAAGUGUAUGUGACUUCUUUUUCCUUCUGUCUUAAGGUUUCAAAGCUCCUACCAGAACAAUUUGAAGAGCAGCAAAUCAGGGUUUAUUGUAAGGCAGCAGAUGAAGAGACUAUCUCUGAUGCUAGAGAAUAUUUCGAUCAGUGGCGUGAAGGUCUCACUAAAUCACAGGUAAGAAAGGUUUAA